UGUGUGUGUGUGUGUGUGUGUAGAGUAGAGCUGCUUCACCCACACUUUCCUCAGUAAGAGAACACACUCAGAGAGGAACAAUGUCGGAGCUGCUGAGAAUACUGCUCCUCUUACUGCCUGCCAUCCUGCACACAGCAAAUGGGCAUUCACUGGCAACGGAAUCUUGGUGCUUCUGGAGCUCUGAUGGUCUCAGUGACAUGGAGUACAUAAGGUCUUACACCUUCAAUAAGAUCAACUACAUGGAGUAUAACAGCACUCUGGGGAAGUAUGUGGGAUACACUGAAAUAGGCAUCUAUAACGCAGAGAUUUGGAACAAUAACACUGCAGAGCUGCAAGCACGGAAAGCCGCUGUGGAAAGUUUCUGUAAGAACAAUGCUCAGCUUUACUACAGCGCCGUCCUCAGUAAAGCAGUUGAGCCUCAGGUUGAGGUCACUUUGGUAAAGAAGUCAGAUGGCACUCACCCAGCCAGGCUGAUGUGCAGCGCUUACAGCUUUUACCCACCAGACAUUGAGGUGACCUGGCUGAGAAACGGUCAAAAGAUUGAGGGUGAUGUGACGUCCACUGAGGAGAUGGCUGAUGGAGACUGGUACUAUCAGAUCCACUCACAUCUGGAGUACAUGCCUGAAUCUGGAGAGGAGAUCUCCUGCGUGGUGCAACACGCCAGCUUCCAAAAGCCCAUGGUCUAUAAGUGGGGUGAGUCUGAUCAUCACAGUCAGAUCUAAAUAUCUGAGUCCACUGUCAUGA